AUGAUGCUCGAAGACGGGUUGGAAACGCUCGCCAUGUUCGCGCGAAUGCGGUCGGUGGAUGCCAUCGUUCGUUCAGCGCUCUUGAAAAAACAACAACAACAACAACAACAAGAUGAGGAGGAGGAGUUAAAUAAUUUUAAUGUGAAACAAAAAAACAUCAACGCACUGGACGAGUUGCAACUUACCGCGCUGCACAUUCUCUCGCUUCUCGAGAACGACAACAAAACAAAGUUUUACGAGAGACUGUCGUGCACUUCUCACAGUCGUCCGAGUGAGACUGGUGGUGAGACUCAUCACGACGACGACGACGAUGAGAAAAGGAACACAAUAGAUAAAACGAGAAGAGACUACAUCGACGUUUUCUUGAAGAAGAUAUUCGUGAAAGCCGAGGCAAGUGGGUGUUUACGAGACGACUUUGCCGAAAAGCACGGCGAGCGUUUACUCGCCUCGGCUUCGUUGUCGGGAGCAAAAGCGGACAAACGAACAGAGGAAGAAGGUGAGAAAAACGAGAUGACGAAGAAGAUGUUCGUGUACGAGAACGGAACGAUACAAGAGACGGGCGAAACGUUCAGAGAUGACUUGCUCGACGUAGGAGCGAACAGUCGUUACGAAAAUCUGUCGGAAAUAACGCUCUCGCUGUCGAAAAAUUUGUUCGCCGGCAACACGGGCGCGCACGAAUGGACGGCUGGAUUCAAACUCGCCGAGUUAGCCAUCAACGAACCAGGUUUAGUGUAUAAUAAAACAGUAUUAGAACUAGGAAGUGGCGCUGGUCUUGCCGCCGUAGCUAUGUUGCGUUCGCAACCUUUACGAUUAGUCUUGACGGAUAAAAGUAAAGAGUCGAACGAUAACUUGGAAAGGAACGUGCGAGGAAAUAUUUCCAGUACUACGAGUAGUACGAAAAAUAAAACCACCGCGAUAAAGAGAGAGAGCGCAUUAGAUGCGCUCCCGCCAAUGCCAACGGGCGAGGACGUGUAUCGUAAAGACGUGUUAGCGUCCAAAAAUAGGACGGACGAGGAAGAGAUGGCUUUUACGUACGAGUGCGAAAUCGUGAACUCGUUCGUUUCCAUUCGCGAACUCGAUUGGUUUUCAGACGAGGAGACGUUGAAAACAGCCGCGGAUGUGAUAAAUCCAGAUUUAAUCGUCGCCUCGGACGUGGGAUACGAUCCAGACUUGUUGCCUGGACUCAUCGAUACGCUCGAUGUGUUCCUUUCCAAACGAAGUUCGAAUCGAAAUUACAUGUGGUUAGAACCGGAAACGAGCGAAGACGCGUUUGAUAUGCUGUUUUCCCCGCGACCGAGCGAAGUCGCGAAACCGUGCAUAGCAUUAAUCGUCAACGCGAAACGGCAAGAGGAAACGAAUGCGAAGUUUGACCAACUGUUGAAAGAAAAAGAGCACUUACUCUCGUUUGAUGUCACGGAAUUCGCUUUACGAGAGAAGGCGUUUCUCGGUUUCGAGGAGGAACGUUUUGAAGGCGUGUCUUCGGAGGAAGAGAGGAGGGACGAUGUCAUCGUGCGAGUCAUUUUUGCUUCGUCUUUGCCGUCCGUGCGGUACAUGAAACGCGAAGGGAGUAAAAAAGACGAUCCGAGUCACGUGGUCGUCAGAAGAGGACGGUACGUAGUAUGA